CAUCGUGAUUGCGAGUCAUCGAGGGAGAGUUGUCCGGUCAAGUCCGCCAUCAGGGUUCAACGUUUCUUCCUCACCAUCAUCACCACGCCCACCCGUCGCCCAGUAUGGCCCACAACCAAGCCUUUCAUCGCCGUACAACGCUCGUCAAUGGCCCCUCGACGUCUCCACCAACGGCCUCGCCUCCCAACGGCGGGGCCUUUGCGCCUGGCUCCUUCUCAGCAAUGAUGGCCGCCCAAGCGCAGUCUCCCUCUGCCUAUGCCCACGCGGCCAUUGAGGCUUCCUCACCCACGGCUCCUGGUGCCAUUCCUAUCCCCGGAUCGAGGCCGCGCAAGCAUUCGGCUGGCGGGCUCACCCAGCACAUGCCCAAGCUCCUCACUCCUUUCAACACGAGCUCAAUCCGUAUCCUGCUGCUCGAGGCCGUCAGCCAGCUCGCCGUCGACCAACUGCAGAAGCAGGGCUACCAGGUCGACUAUCACAAGGAUGCCUGGAGUGAGGAGCAGCUAGUGGAGAAGAUCGCCGACUACCACGUCAUCGGCAUCAGAUCGAAGACCAAAUUGACGGAGAAGGUCUUCAAGGCUGCCGACAAGCUGCUUGCCGUCGGCUGCUUCUGCAUCGGGACGAAUCAGGUCGACCUCGUAGCAGCCGCCCGCCGCGGUGUAUGCGUCUUCAACUCUCCCUUUGCCAACUCACGCUCAGUCGCUGAGCUCGUCAUUGGCGAGACCAUCGCCCUGUCCCGCCAGCUGGUCGAUCGAGCCUCGGAGCUGCGCGCUGGUGAUUGGCAGAAGGUCUCCAAGGGCUGCUACGAGAUUCGAGGAAAGACACUCGGCAUCGUCGGAUACGGCCAUAUUGGUUCGCAGCUGUCGGUGCUCGCCGAGUCGAUGGGCAUGACCGUCCUCUACUACGACGUCCUCCCGCUCAUGCCCCUCGGUACCGCGCGCCAAACGGAAACGCUCGAGGAGCUGCUGGGCGCCAGUGACUUUGUGACGUUGCAUGUCCCGGAGCUGCCAGAGACGAAGAACAUGAUGUCCACGCCGCAGUUCAAGGCCAUGAAGAAGGGCUCCUACCUCCUCAACAAUGCGCGUGGGACCGUCGUUGACUUGCCUGCGCUGUGCGAGGCGAUGGAGUCUGGUCACUUGGCGGGUGCGGCGGUGGACGUCUACCCGAAGGAGCCCAAGGGUAAUGGCAAGGGGGAAUUCUCCGACUCGCUCAACUCGUGGGCGUCGCGCCUGCGCGCCUGCAAGAACAUCAUCCUCACCCCUCACAUUGGCGGCAGCACAGAAGAGGCUCAGCGGAUGAUCGGUCAAGAGGUUGCCACUGCUCUCAUCCGCUACAUCAACUUCGGCGGGUCAGUAGGCGCCGUCAAUUUCCCGGAGGUCGACCUGCGAGCCAUCACCGAAGCAGAGGGCACGGGCGUCAUCCGUAUCUGUCACGUCCACGCCAACCAGCCCGGUGCGUUGCGUGCCUUGAACUCGCUGCUGGGCAACUACAACGUCGACAAGCAAAACACAGAUAGCAAGAAGGAUGUGGCGUACUUGAUGGUAGACAUCAGCGGAGUCGGAGAGAAGGAGACGAGCGACAUCUACGAGCAGGUCAGUAGGUUGCCGACGAACAUCUUGACCCGCUUGUUGGCGUAGGC